AUGGAAGCUCUCUCCCGGGUGCUUGGUGAUGGAACAGUAGAGAAGAGUGACACAACGGUCGCUAGCAUAUUUCUCCUUAUUUUCCUGGAUGUUCUCGAGUUCGGAAGCGAUGGUUGGAACUUCCAUCUUGAGGGUGCUAAGAGUUUGAUUGCAUCGCACCGGCCUCAACUGGGGGUGCAGACUGGACCGGGCCAGACGAUACAGGAAAUUUGGGGGUUUAUCUCCAAUCAGAUUCAUUUAAUUGAAACGCUGGGAGCAACAUUUUUACGACCCAAAGUGUUGUCAGAAUUUUUAUUCGGCGGCCAAGCGGAAAGGCAACCUCAAGAAGAAAUUGAGCAAUCUUUCCUUGGAUGUCCGGAAUUCUUGUUGUCGGCGAUACAAUUUCUCUCCAACGAAAGGGACGCCAUCGCAGGAAAGCUGCCGGACGGCGCCGCCCUCCAAACACAUAUACAAGAUACCACCACAAUGCUGGAACUCAUUCAAAAAUUUGACUGCUACGCCUGGGCUUUGAGUCUUCAACGUUCGAGACAGCCCUCCACAGACGAAAUAAAUAAUCUCUGCAAACUAUCGCAGACCUUUAAAACCGGGGCUUUGCUAUAUGGGCGACGCAUUCUUGAUGCACUCACAGACACCAACACCGAGCAGGACGAUUUGGUAUCUGAGCUGUUGGGUCUGAUUGCUGUUUUGAAAGACGACGAGGCGCUAUUCAAAUGUGUUCUGUGGGCUAUCUUUGUGGCAGGUUUGGAGUGUCGGUCUCGAGCCCAAAAAGACUUUUUGGUCGGAUCUCUAGAGAAGUUUUGGACUGAUACGAGCUGUUCGAAUGUUAUCACCGCAGCGAAGAUCCUGAAGGAUUAUUGGGAUCAGGAAGAAGGCUUAGAGACUUCGUCGCGGUGGAUAUUUGAUAUUGGUCGUUUGGGUCGUGACUGUCUUCUGAUAUAA